AUGUGUAUGCUAUGAAGAAGCUUAAGAAAUCAGAAAUGCUUCGUAGAGGGCAGGUGGAGCAUGUGAGAGCUGAAAGGAAUCUGCUUGCCGAGGUUGACAGCAAUUGCAUUGUCAAACUCUACUGUUCUUUCCAAGAUGAUGAGUAUCUUUAUCUCAUAAUGGAAUAUCUUCCUGGUGGAGAUAUGAUGACUUUGCUUAUGAGAAAGGAUACCUUGACUGAAGAUGAAGCCAGAUUUUAUGUUGCUGAGACAGUUUUGGCUGUUGAGUCUAUCCACAAGCACAAUUACAUUCACAGGGAUAUCAAGCCUGACAACUUGCUUCUGGAUAGAUGUGGACAUUUGAGGUUGUCAGAUUUUGGACUAUGUAAACCUUUAGACUGCAGUACUCUCCAAGAACAGGACUUUUCAGUCAAUACAAACAAUGGGGCACCGAGUGAUGAGCGCCAUGUCACUCCCAAACGUACGCAGCAAGAGCAACUAGAACAUUGGCAGAAGAAUCGGAGAACACUUGCUUAUUCUACUGUUGGUACACCUGACUAUAUUGCUCCAGAAGUUUUAUUGAAGAAAGGUUAUGGCAUGGAAUGUGAUUGGUGGUCACUUGGAGCCAUCAUGUAUGAAAUGCUUGUAGGGUAUCCGCCUUUUUAUUCAGAUGAUCCAAUGUCAACAUGUAGGAAGAUAGUAAAUUGGAAAUCUCAUUUGAAAUUUCCUGAAGAAGCAAAGUUAUCUCCAGAGGCAAAAGACUUUAUUAGCAGACUCUUGUGCAAUGUGAGCCAGAGAUUAGGAUCCAAUGGUGCAGAUGAAAUUAAGGUUCAUCCAUUUUUUAAUGGCAUAGACUGGGGUAAGAUAUAUCAAAUGGAGGCUGCAUUCAGUCCUGAGGUCAAUGAUGAGCUGGAUACACAAAAUUUUGAAAAGUUUGAUGAGUCUGAUAGCCAUACUCAUGCUCCAUCAAGAGCUGGCCCUUGGAGGAAGAUGCUCUCAUCUAAGGACCUUAAUUUUGUUGGAUACACUUACAAGAAUUUUGAAAUUGUCAAUGAUUAUCAAGUGCCUGGGAUGGUUAAAUGGUUGAAUGGCCUGGCUGAGAAAACUAUAGGACUCUUCAAGUUUAGACUAUUCAACGUUAGCCCAGUUAGUCCAGUGCCAAAAUGUCAGGGGGAGUGAGUAUGUGCAGACCUGAAAUCGAGUGCUGGCUCCUGCAAGAGACAUCCCAACAGAAAAUAACAUAGAGACAUGGAUACAUGGCUUUACAUUAUGAUGCAAUCCUGCCUAGUUCAUGAAGUUUACAAGCUUUUGAAGACUAACUGGAUGUUACCUCUAUGCAUUUAAAAUUUCUAUUUUUUCAGGUUUACAAAUCAUCUAGUAUAAUGGUUUUGCCCCUCUAAUCUUGCAGCUGAGUUGAAGAAGAAAAACACAAAACCGAAGAUGCCAUCUAUAAAGUCAAUUUUUGAUGGUGAAUCAGACACAUCAGAGACGUCUGACAUGGGCACUAAUGAUGCUGAGGGGAGCUUUUCUAGUCAAUCAUCUUCAAAGCAGAAUGGAUCCCCCUAACUUGGAAAAUUGCUUGAUAGAAGAAAGGUGCUCGUCAUCAAUGAAUUAUCUCGAUGUUCAAGCAUCUGAUGCCGUCACGAUGCCACCUGUUGCAUUUGGUUUGUUGGUGGCUUUGCUUGCAGUAACUUCAGGUUUGAUCAAAGGCUCAAUUAGGUCUAUGGCAAAAGGAAACAGUCACAAGUGUUUUUUAAUCUUUUGUAACACAGUUAAAAACAAACAAGAGAAUGAAAAAGGAAAUUGAAAAUUAGAGUAAACACGGUCGUUUUAUAAUUUAGACAUAAAGCGGUGAAACGCUGUAUCAAGACAGUCAUUGCCAUAUAUAUACAAUGUGUUCUUUGCUUUGAAUUUAAUGAAUGAAACAUUUUCAUGGAUGGCAAUCCCCUCUCUGCAUGAUUUCUUGUUGUCUGGGACUGAGUUUGUCAUCCAAAGAGGACAGUGUGGGUUUUUGGUUCCCUUAAAACUUCCCUCGGACAGAACCAGAUUACAGAUUUGCAGUCCUUUUGGAAUGUCAUGGGCAGUCAAUUGCUUCACCAGAUCAUUGAAAAAGUCUUCGACGGCCCAAAUGGCUCUAGUAAAAAUAUUAUAUAAAAUUAUAAUUUUAUA